UGAAUUGAUUGAUCACGCCACGUGGUAGACCGUAGAAGAAUCAUUGGGAUAAAGUGAAGCCCGUCGGCUGAUACCCCACUUUUUCAGCUGCCCAAGCUAGAAAGGAUACACGCACUACCUCAGGAUCAUACUCUUCUUCAAGCACUUUUUGCCAAUGCAAUCUGGAUAUACUGUCACCUUUGCCUUCAAUCUACUUUUCCAGAGUAAAGCGCUGCAAUAUCUUUUGAGAUCCUGAAGAGUAGGGCCUUUCUUGAAGGGUGGCCUCUGAACCCCCUGUGAGUGGAUGGUUGGAAAUGCAGGAGGCAGCCACAUCCGAGCAGGGAGAGAGCCACGUUGCAACUGAAAAGCAGGGAAGGAAUGGAGCUUGCAAGUGGGCUGCCUAAACUCGUGUCUAGCGUGGUUCUGGAUUCAGAGAAGUCAGAAAGGCAGGCGGCACAGGAUGGGCAGUCUGUGCCCUUCACUUCCAGCUGGAGCCCCCUGGCUUUGUCUUGCCCGCUUACCACAUUCGGGUCACGAGUCAGCAUGCCCAAGCCACGUUCUCUCCUCAAAAGUGCGAGUGCAGGUGUGCUCCCGCCAUUAUGGAUGCAGGGGCCUGCCAGUUUACCCAGCAUAGCGUGCAAAAGGCUCACAAUGCAGGGGGAUUGCAGGAACAGCACAGGCGAAAGCAGGUCACCAGUCAAGGACCCCGCAUACAUCAGCCGGCUGAUCCACGCAGCGAGCUGGGACGUAGGCACCCAGCUGCUAUUGCAGCCUGAGGCAGCAACGGCGUUCGCAGAGGUGGACGUGGGCCAGCCCGGGGAAGCAGUCCGGCCCGCAGGGUCCCGUAAGCAGGAAAGCUCGCACUUGUCCCUGCUGAGCGCUGUCCCCUUAUCAUGCGCUCAGCCAAAAGCGCCUCAGCAGUCACUCCAGCUGGAGGUCAGCUGCUCACACGCAGUAGCAGGACCGCAGAUGGAGGAGCCCCCUCUGUGGCCCAUGGAAACGCUGCGUCGAGCAUUGAGCUGGGGCAAGGACCGCAUGAACAGCGGGUGGUCCACAUACAGCAACGCUGAGUUCUGCAGAAUCUGUUACACAAUAGGUGCCGAGGAGCCCCUUAUUGAGAUCGGGUGUGACUGUCGAGAUGGCCUCAACCUGGCCCAUCGCACGUGCAUCACCCAUUGGUUCACAAGUCGGGGUAACAACAAGUGCGAGAUUUGCACUUGCGAAGCGGCCAACAUUCCUGCACCACUCCCGCUUCUACCUCAGGAUCCCUCCCGUCCUGCCCCCUCCGAGCCGGAGCGCGCGCCUCCUACCCCAAUACGCAGGGAAGCAGUGCGCGUGGCUCGGAUCUACUCCAUUUCCGUAUCAGCGGCCGUCCUUGGUGUUCUCUCGGCUGCUGUCAUCAUUGUAAUCGUAUCGAGGUCCUGA